CUAACAUAGCCUUGAACGGAAGAACUACACGACGCCUGAAGCAAGUUGCUUCAGCUCCGAACUUUCGAGGACAGCUGCUGGCCAAAGCUCGCAGUCAACACACGUUGUUUCAACCAGUGCCACUAUAAGCAAGGUGUCUAGGAACCUAAUAUCGUAGGACAGCCGAGCGUGUACGCGUCUGCUCAUCUAAUAGUUCAGCGACGGGCCGCGGCCACCUCGCAGUGGUCUCUCCGCGCACAGCUUCACCAGCCGGGUCGGAUGGCCACGGACGCUGAGGCAGCCGUGGACGGCGCGGAUGUGCCGUCGACGCUGCCCGUCGCGACCGCCGCGGGCGACAGCGCGCAGGUGCCGACUUCGCCGGGCGGCGGGGCCUCCACCGCGGCCGCUGUCGUCCUAGACAAGCUCGCCUCACUCGACGUGGCCCGUCGCGCAGAGCGCGAGCGCCGGCGCGAGGAGUCGCGGGCCGCAGCGGACCCGCGCGAGUCCAUCACAAAGUUCCUAUGCAGCUUCGCCGCGCGCCAGCAUUCCAUCGAGGAUGCCAUCCAGCGCAUGCUCCAGCAGCAACAACAGCAGCAGCCCGGGACCAGCACCACCACCACCACUACAGCCUCGGCCUCGGCGCCCUCCACAUCCGCAGCUGAUGACAACACGGCAGCAGAAGCGGUCGCAAAUGCGGACGCUGCGGCGCGGCGGGUGUUGGACGUGUCCUCCGCCUCGCCCGAGUUGGUGGCGUCGUCACUCGAGAUGCUGGGUGCGGAGGUGUUGGCACUGGAGCAGUCGGCGGCGGCGGCGUCUUACUAUCUGCCAGCCUACGACCAGAAGCAGUGCGCGGGCAGCGUGGCGGCGCUGCGGGCGGCGAUCGAGGGCGCGCGGACGACGCUGGCGCCGCGCAAGAAGUUUGCUUUCGGCAGCAAGAAGGUGACCAAGGUGCGCGGCGAGGAGAUUAGCUCCGCGGCCGCUACCACUUCCGCUACUGCGGCAGCCUCGGCUGCGGACGCCGCCGCGUACGCAGCAGCGCCCGUCUUCACGCACUCAGCGGCAGGGCCCUCGGCAUCCACAUCCGGUGCCGCUGCUUCCGGUGCCAGCGCCGGCGGCGUCAACGGCACUGGCGCCAGCACGAGCGGCACCGGCGCUGCUGAUGCUGAAGCCGCGUUGGCGGGCCUCGUUGUAUCGGAGCAGGAUCGCGCGUUGGUUGCUCGCGGCCGCGGCGUCAUGGGCUUGACCGACCAAGUGAUUGUCGUUAGCCAAGCACAGCUCGAGGCGGAAGGCGGCGGCGGUGGCGUGGGUGGCGGCGAUUACGUGCUGCUAGGCUUGACGCGGUGCACGGUGGUGUUGCUGGGGCGGCUGCGGGCGCUGCGCGCGGCGGGGCUGCGCGGCUGCACUGUGGUGGCGGGGCCGGUGACGGGGGCGUGCUUCCUGGACGACGUGCGCGACUGCACACUGGCGCUGGCCACAUACCAGGUCCGCAUUCACCGCGCGCACGCCACGGACCUGUUCCUGCGCGUGCGCUCCAAGCCCAUCAUCGAGCACUCGGCCGGCAUCCGCGUGGCACCCUGGCCAGCGCUGCUGCCGGGCCCCGAGGCCCAGCCGCGGCUGGCGGAGCUGCUGGGGCGGCACAUGCUGGGCGAGGAGACGGGGUGCUGGCAGCAGGUGGAAGACUUCGGCUGGAUCAAGGCGGUUCAGUCGCCCCACUGGUGCGUGAUGCCGGAGGAGGGCCGGCCAGUGGCCAAAUUCAACAUCCCGGCUGGUGUGUGGGCCGACAGCUCGGCAGGGGCUGUGCAGGAGCGCGCAGGCCCGCUUGCGGCAGUUGCAGCAACAGAAGCGACGGCGUUGGGGGCGAGCGCGACGGAGCAGGGCUUGGGAGCGGACGACGAGCUUUGAGGUUUCCUGUGUUGGGGUGAGCUGUGCGCUGCAUAGGGCUGCGCGAGAGGGGUCGUUGCAAGCGUGGCUAGACAGGAUUGCAGCGUGCGUUGUUGUGGGGUAUAUGCAAGAAGAGCGGGUGAAAUCAGGGGAGAAUCUCCCCUGGGGGAAAUGAGUGAGUGCCGAUCGCGUGGGUUGACACAUUUUGCACCUGUGUGCACUUUAGGGAGCCGCGCAUCUAGAAGUAGACGAAGGUAAACCCGUACUCUUGCGCACGUGAGGGCGCGAUGGGAUAGGGUAAGGGGCAGGUUGGCGUAGUCCCGUAGUGUGCAGCGUAUUUCCAGACCAGUGUCCCAGACCCCAACAGUCAGCAAUCAAGUUGCAACGUCAGGGCAUGAGCGUGCGGCUGGUACGUAGGACGCCUACUUGCUGUACCGAGGCGUCGCUGGCAGGCCAUUAGUUUGCUAACGCGCAUUCCUCACGCUCUGGGCGCCUGGCUAGGCGUCAGGCGAUAGCGCAAGACACACACCGCAACGGCACACUCGUGAAGCAGAGUCC